UUGAAAAAAAAAGGAAGGGGGAAAAAAAGAAGUAAAAGCCAACCACAACCUAGAGAUCAGAGAUCGAGGGGGCAAUAGAUAUGAUCAUUAAAAUCUAAUUUAAGGGAGCUCUCGAUAAAAAAAAUCGAAAAGUUCAUCAAGAUGGUAUAGAAAAGAAUCUCGUCGCAUUCAGAGGAGUUAAUCUUUCUUCAAGCAAUAACAAAUGGGUCGUCUCUCUCAGAGGCCGCUGCUCGUCGUGAUUCAUUCUCUUACAACUCUCGUUUCUAUGUUCUCUUAUGGGCUUCUAGCCCAUGACAAUGCGGCCCAACUCAAUCGAAGCUACUUCCCCUCUGGGUUCACUUUCGGCGUCGCCUCCUCGGCCUAUCAGUACGAAGGGGCGGCAAGAGAAGGCGGGAAAGGGCUAAGUAUUUGGGAUACGUACACCCACAAUCACCCAGAAAAAAUAGCUGAUCGAAGCAAUGGAGAUAUAGCUGAUGACUCGUACCAUCGCUACAAGGAGGAUGUAAACAUCAUGAAGGAGAUGGGAAUGGAUGCUUAUAGAUUUUCUAUCGCUUGGUCCAGGAUCCUUCCAAAUGGGAGCCUGUCUGGGGGUAUUAACCAGGAAGGUGUUAAAUACUACAACAGCCUUAUUGAUGAGCUCAUAUCCCACGGCUUGCAACCAUAUGUGACCCUUUUCCAUUGGGACACUCCUCAAGCUCUGGAAGAUCAAUAUGAGGGAUUCUUAUCUCCCAAUAUAGUGAAGGAUUUUCGUGACUACAGUGGAGUUUGCUUCAAAGAGUUUGGCGAUAGGGUUAAACACUGGAUCACCUUUAAUGAACCACAUGUUUUUAGCUCCUUGAGCUAUGGUCGUGGUCUAUCAGCACCAGGGCGGUGCUCCUCCUCAGAGACUGAACACUGCAGUGCUGGCGACUCUGCCCAAGAGCCUUACAUUGUAUCUCACAACCAGCUACUAGCCCAUGCAGCUGCUGUAAAGCUAUACAGAGAUAGUUUCCAAGUAUCUCAAAAGGGGAAGAUUGGCAUAACACUAGAUGCUGGUUGGUUUAUACCUUACUCAAACUCCAAGAUGAAUGACGAUGCAGUGGGCAGAGCACUUGAUUUCACAUUUGGAUGGUUCAUGGACCCUUUAACUCAUGGAGAUUACCCGUCUAAUAUGAGAGCUCUUGUUGGUAGCCGACUUCCAAAAUUUUCAAAGAAGCAAGCAGAAAUGGUGAAAGGGUCAUUUGAUUUUGUUGGACUUAAUUACUAUACAACAAAUUAUGUUCGAAGUCUCCCAAUAAGAAACCGCGUUAACAAAAGUUACAGCUCAGACUCCUAUACUAUUUUUACUUCGGAGCGCAACGGCAUACCCAUCGGUCCACGGGCUGCUUCACCUUGGUUGUAUGUCUACCCACAAGGCAUACAAGACAUCUUGCUUUAUACCAAAUCCAAGUACAACAGUCCAAUCAUCUACAUAACAGAAAAUGGUAUUGAUGAGGUGAACAAAGGAACUUUACCCCUUAAGGAAGCUCUAAAGGAUGAUGCAAGGAUAAGCUAUUAUCAGCAACACCUCUAUCAUAUUCAAAGAGCUAUUAGGAAAGGAGUUGAUGUGAGAGGAUAUUUUGCAUGGUCUCUCUUGGAUAACUUUGAAUGGAAUGCUGGUUAUACUGUUCGGUUUGGAAUAUACUAUGUUGACUACAGAAAUGGUUUGAAAAGAUACCCCAAAAGCUCUGCUCAUUGGUUUCGGAAAUUCCUCAAAGGAUAAAUCUGUUCAAGACAUACUCAGUGAUGGCAGAAUUAUGACAAACACAUUAUAACUCUUUAUUAAGUUGCAGUUUGUGAGCUUGUUACUUCCAGUGGUAGUACUGUCCAGUAAGUUUUUCUCGUAAUGAGGAUGUAUUGGACCCCUAAUUCUGCUAAGCUGAAGCUAAGUUUGCAAAUAUUCCUGGUUUGCUUGAUUGAUUCAUGUUAACCUAGUUUUCUUA